CGUCGCUGUGCGGUGACCUAUGCACGUUGUUGCUCCGCUUGCACGAUGCACAGAGCACGACGGGAACAUGCCGCUCCUACUCUCUCUUACCAAUGCGAAGACGGCAAAGAUGAUGCUCUCGUAGCAUAAAAAAACGGUGCUCAAUGUGCAGCGGGAAAGAGCUGUGUCUUUUAGGGGCCCCGCAAGGGCUGUACGCUGCAAACGCACGGCAGCGCGCGUGCAAUGACGCGGUUCAAAUGUGCAACAGAUGUGAUCGAGCGUGUCAAAGGGAGAAGGGAAAAAGGGCGCGCACACAUACACACACGCAUACCUUCGUAGCGGGUACAGUCCCAAAACAUUUGGGUUUGGGCUGGAGAAAAUGAAGCGGAGGACGGUGAAGCAGCAGAUAACCAUGUGCUGGAUCGGAUUGGAUUGUGUUUGUGUGUGUGAGAGAGUGAGACCCCGGCAGCAUAACUAGCACGUGGGUAAUCGGAUGCGCCCUGCGAUCUAUCAGCCGGCUGCCGGGCGAGAUUCAGGGCGAUAGGGCUGCUGCGCUCUCGGAGAUGGAACGGAAAAGCCUCGAGUGCGGCGAAGGAAAAGGAUCCUUGAGGCUUUGUGUUUGGGUCCCCGUUCCAGGUAGCAGAAGGAAACAGGAAGUUCGCCGCCUUUAGAAAUGCGUUUCCUUUGCACAACAGAUGUUUUUCCUUCUUCUAGUUUCUUGGCCGCUGAUUAGACUAUUUUCUACACCAUUUUACGCAUGUGGCGGACAUGUGAUGAACAGCCGUUGUAUUGUUUAAUUGAAUUCACAAGGUCGAAUCACUCACAUUUUGUAACCAGCUUGAAUUGUAUGUACAGAAUAAAUGAAAAAAGAAACUGAUUUUUCCAAUUUUCAACAACAAUUCCCAUCGCCAAGCACGGCCUACUGAGCGAAAAAGGAGUUGCUCAGUUUAAAAAGCAAAACAUAGCUACACAGGCGUCCCGCACUACACCUGUCAAUGCUAUCGUCGGCUAGGGGAAGAGAUGAGCAGUUUGAGAGUAAAGUGUGUCUUCUGCGGAUUGAUAAUCGAUUGCCAGCGUGAAGACACGGCCAAGCUGCUGGCACACCUGCGGAACGAACAUUCGGAGAUGGGUAAUCAUAAACCGACGGCAGUUACCACUUCCAACCGCUCGAAAGCACAUCCAGCGCAGCCGGCAGAAAAGGCGGAGCUGGAAGAAGGCAGCGAUGCGUCGUUUGCUGAAAGCAUUUCCGAAUCGGAAGAGCUACUGCACCGGGAGCGAGUUGGAACAGGAACGUCAAGCGAUACUUCCAGCAAGAGCAACAGCUCGGAAGGUGCAGAAACUAUUCCACCGAAACGUAGUACACGACCCUUGCAUGUUUCGCUCGAGUCACAGCGCUCGGUGCUGUACCAAACAUCGCUCAGCUGCUGGCGCCCGGGAGGCAGACCCGUCUGCUGCCCGGAUUGUGGCGCACAUCAGGUACCGAUCGUUCGGUCGCACGCAACCGGAGCAACCUGGUCGUCGACGGUCGCUUCCUGCUUUCUCUUCUGCUGGCCGCUGUGCUGUUUGUCGUGGUUUUUCUCCGAACCGGUCAGCGAAUAUCUGCACUGUGCCCGGUGCGAUCAGCUGUUGGCGAAGCACGACAUCAAAGCGGAACGUGUCUCGCCCAACUAUGCAAUGCUUGACCGCGUUGAGGAUCAAUUGUAAUCGAGCGAAAUGAAGGGCUACUGCGCGAGGGGCAGGGAAACAUUCGUCUUCU